AUGUGCCAGACGGAUGCAAGUACGUGUGCUGCAUCGAGGGAAGACGAGGGCCGGCCGCUCUUUAAGGUGAAGGUGGUGGAGAAAGGAUACGAUGACAUCAUACUGACCGGAGCAACACCCAAAGCUGUGUGGGACCAGAUACUGGAACCAGUAUCACAGAUCAGAUCCUCCAGUGGAACUCUGAAGCUUUUCCCAGUUUACCUAAAAGGAGAAGAUCUGUUUGGACUGACGACGUCUGCAGUAACCCGAAUCAUCGAAUCUCUGCCAGGUGUGGAGACCUGUGAGCGUUAUACCUUUCGUUAUGGAAGGAACCCGCUCAUGGAGUGGCCUCUGGCAUUCAACCCUUCUGGCUCGGCCCGAUCUGAACCCAAAGCCUCCCAGACAAAGAGACCCAACCUGCUGACCAGCAUUGCUCCCAGGUGUCAGGGCUCGGUGGGCUCCAUCGUAGGCCUCGUGCCCGGCGUCAUCUCUCUGUCUCCGGGCGAGUCGGUGACGGCCGCCGCUCACCUGGGACGCCACUCCAAGGCGGCUCAGUAUCGACGCAUGACGGCGGAAUGGAAGACAAACGUGUACCUGGCCCGCUCUCGCAUCCAGGGUCUGGGUCUCUACGCAACCAAAGACAUCGAGAAAUGCACCAUGGUCAUCGAGUACAUCGGCACCAUCAUCAGGAGCGAAGUAGCCAAUCGCAAGGAGAGGCUGUACGAGUCACAGAACCGUGGUGUGUACAUGUUCCGGAUCGACAACGACUUUGUGAUCGAUGCCACCAUCACUGGAGGACCGGCCAGGUACAUCAACCACUCGUGUUCUCCUAACUGCAUCACCGAGGUGGUCACCGUGGAGAAGGAGAACAAGAUCAUCAUCAGCUCCUGCAGACGCAUCCAGAGAGGAGAAGAGUUGUCUUAUGACUACAAGUUUGACCUGGAGGACGACCAACACAAGAUUCCGUGUCACUGUGGAGCCGUUAACUGCCGUAAAUGGAUGAACUGAAGACACGUCUGUCCCAGUCUCUCUCCAUUUGUCCCUCUCUCUGGAUUCUGAGUAUCAAUUGCGCAUCUCCCUGUGGGCGGAGCUACACUUCUUGUCAAAAGUUAAUAUGGUAAUAAUAAACCCAAUCACACAUGAUUGGAAGGAGGAGCGCGGCUAAUUAGGGUGGAUGAGUGACAGGCGGGGGGGGGGGGGGGCUUACGACGAGGCUGGUCCUCUGUGUGUAUAUUGUGUAAUAAUUACCACAGAUGAAAAUGUGAAAUAACAGAAUGUCUUCGUCAUUAAGUUGCACUAGGAAAAAAAAUAUAAAAAACAACAAGAAAGAAUCAAUGCCCACAGACACAUUCUUCCUCUUCAUAUUCCACUCCCUCUUCCUCCUACUGCUUUUUGUUAAUUUCCUGUAAAAUAAGAGAUUUUGUUCUUUUUGUAUUUAUUACUGAAUGAAGCUAUUUUCUAAUUGAGUUCCAGAGUCACAGCUUGUAAAUAUCUAUCAUAAAUAUGUUGUUAGAAAUCAAACGUUCUCGAAAUCACUCCACCGACAGCGACCUUCACCUCAUCCUCACCUUCGUCACCUUCCUGUCGCGGUGCACUCUGAUUGGAUAAGACUUGAUGGUUUACACGCAGCAUUUGGCUGCAGGUGUUUUUCAGUUGAGGUUUUUUCACUUUGUUUGGUGAGUCCUGUGUAAAUAUGAGCUUUAACAGGACUGUGAUGUGUACAGACAUGAUGCCCUCCUGUGUUUUGUUUUUUCAGUUAAACUGAUUGCGAUAAUGAUUAUGCUUGUUUUAUUGUUUUUGGGGGGAAAUGUGGGAUCUGAUUUAGAAUAAUUUACAGAAAAUAAAAUAUUUUACAACUUGAAGCGACACUUUAAUGUGUUGGUUGGUCGGUUACCUGGCAGUGGCUGCUAUGUUUCCAUGCCAACGUAUUCUUUUAUAACCUGCGUACGAGUUGUCGCUAAAGUUUGUUGUGACUCCUUCUGUUUUGAAUUAAAUCUCUGAGGACCAGGUGA